AUGCCUCUCAAAGGAAUCUCCCCCGUCAUCUCGCCCGACCUCCUCAAGGUGCUGGCCGAGAUGGGCCACGGCGACGAGAUCGUCCUCGCCGACGCCCAUUUCCCGUCGCACUCCAUCUGCCCGCCACACAUCCCCGUGCUCCGCGCCGACGGCAUCACCGUCUCCCGCCUCCUCGCCGGCAUCGCCCCGCUUCUCGAGCUGGACAGCUACGGCGUCGUGCCGGUCGUCAUGAUGGAGGUCGUCAAGGGCGACACCUUUGACGCCGCCGUCGAGGGCGACUUCCGCUCCUCGCUCGGUUACGACGGCGAGAUCGAGAAGCUGGAGCGCUUCGCCUUUUACGAGCGCGCCAAGAAGGCGUUCGCCAUUGUCGCGACGGGGGAGACAAGGAAGUACGGCAACAUUAUCCUCAAGAAGGGCGUCACGCCCAUCGAGGAGUAA